AGACAUUCCAAGCUUACUCAACACUUCACACCAUUAAACUAUAGUCUCUUGAUUAAAGAUCUGCCCUAAACCAAAAAUAAAACAAAUUCUAAAUAAUGUCUCCACUUCAGUCCUACUCAAUGUUCUUCUCCAUUCUCAUAAUCAUCCUUCUUCAAUCAUCACCAACAUCAUCCCAAUCACAUCUCUGCAGAUCUUCUUGCGGCAACAUUCCAAUAAACUACCCUUUGGCCAUCGACGACGGUUGUGGAAGCCCUUAUUACCGUCACAUGCUCAUCUGCUCCGACAACAACACCAAACUCCAACUCAGAACGCCAUCCGGUAAAUACCCUGUUAAAUCCAUAAGCUACUCUGAUCCUCACCUUCUUCUCUCGGACCCAUACAUGUGGAGCUGUCAAGAUCGAGACAACUUUCGACCAACGAGAUCUUUCAGCAUCGACUCAAGCACACACUUCACUGUCUCCCUUCAAAACGACUACUUGUUCUUCAACUGUGAUCCAGAGAAAGUCAUCGUCGAGCCUAAACCGCUCUACUGCGAGAGGUUUCCCGAUAGAUGCGACUCGUCGUGCGAUAGCUCGAGCUAUCUGUGCAGGCAUUUGCCUGAGUGUGGUGGAUCGGUGUUAGGGUCUAGGGUUUCUUGUUGCUCAUAUUACCCGAAAGCGACUCAGUCUCUUAGGCUGAUGCUACAGAACUGUGCGACGUAUACGAGUGUAUAUUGGAGGAGUAAUGGUGCGGGGAAUGGGCCGUACGAUCAGGUUGCGGAGUAUGGGAUUAGGGUUGAUUUCGAGUUUCCGGUUACUAUGAAGUGCCUUCUUUGCCAAGAAACGACUAAAGGUGGUGGAGUUUGUGGAUUUGAUACGAAGACGCAUGAGUUCUUGUGUCUUUGCAAACAAGGCAAUGUCACUACUUAUUGUAAAGAUCCUAACUUCGAAAAGCAUAAACGCAUUGGAGCAGUCGCAGGAACGGUGACGGCGGUUUCAUCGGCCGGAGCUAUUGGCGUUGUGGGUGGAAUCUUUUGGUACUUGAGGAAAGUGAGAGCCAAAGCUCCAGUCACUUGUGGAGUUGAAAGCAAUGAGAACAGAAUCUUCUAAAAGCAUUCAAACAUGUUUUUUUUAAGGCAAAGCAUGAUAUCACACUCUUCUUUUCUUUUCUUCUUUGCAUUCCUUUUGUUUUCUUUUUCUUUUUAUCCUUAAGUUUGUGUAGAUUACAAGCUUGGGAUAAAGAAUUUUGUAUUUUUGUUAUGUUUUUUCUUUUCGUAGUUUUUUCUUUGAAAUAUAUAGUAGAUCUUUUGGUAGUUAUCAUUUACCAAUCAAGAGAACUUAAUUAUUUAAACACUUUU